UUUUGUGCUCUUCAUCAAAACAAGGCGUUCUGAAUAGAGACUAACAUAAUUGUGCUAAAUAAAUGUGCGUACCAUCUGUGGUACAACGAGGAUGUUCGCUGCACAUUUCUCUUAAAAUGUCAGUUUUUGUGUGUUUUGUAUUUCUUGUCCAGAGGUGAAACCUUAUAUUGGGUGUCUUGCGUGACAUUCUUGAGAAAUUUAACACCUUUUCGUUCGACUCGCCUCUCCCGCGGUGUAUUAUCUCAGUAUGAGCUCAAUUGGCCAAAAAGGUACAAAACCAGCAAAGACAGAGGUGAGGGCAGUAGAAAGCCCUCAGGUGCUGUCCCUGUCGCUGCCUCAGCGUGUUGAUCCUGGACCAGCCUUUCUGUGCAGCUAUCACAGCCUGGGCUGCUGUCUUCACACCAACAUAUUUCCAGGGGCUCCUUUAACAUGGAAAUCCCUCUCCAGGGACUCUUACAUCAGCCACCCUCCGACUGCCUGGCCUCCUGACCCCCACCUCUGGUACGGCCACAAGACCAAUGAAAUGGUCCAGUGGACAGAGAGAAACAUCGUGAACCAGAAGCUCGACAAGACACUGACGGAAAUGAAAAAAAAAGCACCGCAUAAUUAGGCCCUGCUUACCAACCCGGAGACCACAACACACAC